AUGUGCAUGUUUCUAAUGUUUACUCCUAUGCUGCCAUUGACAAAGAACGACACUGUACCUGACAAACACCCCAAGUACACAAAAACACUUGCAACAUUUAACAGCCUCGUCUCCUGCCUUUCAGAACGCCAGGUGGAGGAGGCGACCUUCCGCGGCAGAGAAUUCUUGUGGUGGGACCUGCGUCGCACGGGAGGGCAGCCCCUCGCGUCCCAGCAGGACCAGCUGUCCCUGGGCCUUCAAGACCAGGCAUCCUGCGGGAGUCCUGUUUCUUCACCCGGAUACUUCGAGCAGAUCUUCUUAGUCUAUUUAGUGCAGAUUAAGGACGCUCGUGACGGCAAGGACUACGUAAUGUGGCACUACGCGGAGGGCGGUGUCUUAGUGACCCUGGACAUGGGUGGCGACCCCCUCAAGGUCACCGUCAGACCCAACAGUGGCCGCUUCGAUGACAACCAGUGGCAUACGGUCACUGUCCACCGUACUGUCAAGGAGAUUAAUGGACACACCAGCUUCUGUACUCUGUCGGUGUCCGUGGACGGCCUGUACACGGAGAAGGGCACGACGGCCGGCCCCUUCUCGCAGCUGUCGUCCUCGCGCCUCAACCUCGCCGGCGCUGACGUGCCCGCCCUCCUGCCCGGCGCCGAGACGAGGUCGAACUUCGUGGGCUGCCUCAGGAAGGUGGAGUACCGUGCCGACUCCAUCCGCCUCGACCUCAUCCGCAUGGCGAGAGAGGGAAGUCCACUCCUCCACGUCUCCGGUAAGCUGGACUUCAUGUGCCUGGAGGUGGAGGCCGGCGUCCCCGUGUCCUUUACCACGCAGGAGUCCUACCUGGUGCUGCCAUCUUGGGAGGCCCCGCGACAGGGUUCCAUCAGCUUCAAGAUGCGGACUACGGAGCCUAAUGGCCUGCUCAUGUAUAAUUCAGGCGCUGUGUCGGCACAGGGAGAUUUCUUCGCCUUGGAGCUACUCGAAGGUCACAUCUACCUGCACCUCAACCUCGGUUCGGGGUCACGUCGGGUCAAGGCCACGAACCGCCGGGUAGAUGAUGGGUUCUGGCACGAGAUCACGCUGAACCGGGAUUCCCAGGCCGGGAGGAUAACGGUAGACGAAGGAGCUAAUGACUUCACGACGCCAGGAGAUUCGCAUCAGCUGGACCUCGAAGGCGCCCUCUAUCUCGGAGGCGUCGGCGUAGGAGUCAGCGUCCCCCCGGAGCUGUGGACAGGACGCCUUGGCCUAGGAUACGUAGGAUGCAUGAGGGAUCUGGUAAUUAAUGGCCAGGCUUCGGAUCUCACGACGUACGCUAAGAAGCAGGAUUCGGGAUCCAUCGUCAAAUUCUGCCACAGCGACGGGGGCUCCUGUUCCUCCUCCCCUUGCAUGCACGGUGGCACCUGCAGACAAGGCUGGGGGCGCUUCGUGUGUGACUGCUCGCACACCACCUUCGUCGGCCCCACCUGCGGGAAAGACGCCGCCACCCUGAGCUUCGAAGGCAGCCAGUACUUCAAAGUGACGGCCGGCGACGAAUCGAGCACGCAGGCGGAGGACAUCUCCUUCAGGUUCCGCACCAACCGUCCCGCGGGGCUUCUCGUCGCCACCACGUCCUCGCAGUCGUCGGACAAGAUCGAACUCGCGCUGCAGUCGGGGAUGCUGAGGCUCACCGUCAAGUUGGGAGAUCGAGAUAAGGUUGUACACGCUGGAAACGGACUUAACGAUCACCAAUGGCACACUGUGCACUUGGUCCGACGCGCUACACAGAUCACGCUUCAAGUGGACAAGGAAGCGCCUGUCCAAGACCACACGAUGGGCCGCCACAGCAUACUUCAGUACCGGGACAUACACAUAGGCAUGGUUCACGACAACUCCACCAGCAAAUGGAGACCCACUUCCACUUACUCUUCCCUCUCUUCCUCUUCCACGUCCUCUUCUUCUUCUGUUCCGCUUUCUCCGUCUCCUACUAGCUCGAACCAGGGCCCCGUCGCUCCCUUUAUAGGACAGAUGCAGAGUUUUUAUAUGAAUGGAGAAUACCUGUUUGAAAUGGCUCGCUCUGGACACGGCGAGAGAUUUGAGGUGACGGCGGAGUUCGGCAAGGGCGCCCGCAUCAUCCACCACCCCGUGACCUUCAAGUCUCGCUCGGCCUUCGUCGCCCUUCCUCAGCUCAAGGCCUACUCCUCCACCAACAUCUAUUUUCAAUUCAAGACCCUGCAGCCCAAUGGACUCAUCAUGUUCAAUGGCGGCAAAGGCCACGACUUCCUGGCCAUCGAGCUCGUCAACGGCCACAUCCACCUGAUCUUCAACCUGGGCGACCGGCCGGUUCGACUAAGAGACAACAACAAGAUGGCUCUCAAUGACAACAAGUGGCACGCCGUGACAGUGAGCCGCCCCUCGAAACGACAGCACACGCUCAUGGUCGACGAUAACACCGCGAAGGUUAUCAGCGGAGGAAGCAACGGUAACCUGGAUCUCCAAGACUUCCUCUACCUAGGCGGCCUUCCUCCUGAGAUGUACACGAGCCUCCCUCGCCACGUGGAGUCUCGCACGGGCUUCGAAGGCUGUAUCGCGUCCCUUGACCUCAACGGCGAAGCUCCUGACCCGGCGGGCAAGGACGUCCCUCUGAUCUCGAGCCCCGUCUUCCCAGGCUGUGAUGGACCAAGUACAAAGUGUCACCGGAAUGCAUGUGCAAACGGCGGGACGUGCGUGCAACAAUGGAACUCUUAUUCAUGCAACUGCGACAUGACUUCCUUCACUGGUCCCACUUGCUCUGAUGAAUCCACGGCGUAUGAGUUCGGCGGCGGCGCUGGCAUCAUGACCUUCCAGUACCCCGAGGGCAGAUGGCCUGACACCCGCCGUGACCUGCUGGCGCUUGGCUUCAUGACCUCGCAGGAGGAUGCGGUCAUGCUGAGGCUGGACUCGGCCAAUUCGAAUGACUACAUGGAGCUGGAGAUCGUCGACGGCAACAUCUUCAUGGUCUACAACAUGGGCACGGAGGACCACCCCAUUGGCGAGGUCAUGGCGAAGGUCAACGACGGCAUCUAUCACGUGGUCCGCUUCAUCAGGUCAGGCUCCAACGCCACGGUGCAGAUCGACGACUAUGAAGUUCGUUCUAAGAAUCCCAAAGAGAAUGUUGAGCUUUCUGACCUCAAAGUGUUGAAGAAACUCAGGUCUCGGAUCUGGCAUGGACACCAGCUCUCCGUCUUCAAUGCGCAGUCCCGCCUUCAGAUCGGUGGUCGAAGAGCGAGAAGGUCCACGGCCAUCGAGAGGCCCUUCAGGGGUAUCAUCUCCGGCCUGGUCCUGAACGGAGAGCGCCCCUUGGACCUGGCAGCCGAGAGGGAUCCCAGGGUGAACGUCCGGGGAGAUGUCCACCUCCUGCUGUCCGUCCCCAAGAUCCUCCCGGUGCAGAGCAAGGACGAACUCAACUACUGGCAGAGGACUCCGCCGCUUCCGGGACCGAAACCAGGAGACGGUGACGAUCUGGUUUUCAGCGGCGCCGGGUCGGGCUGUGACAUGGAUGAUGAGGACGAGUGCAUUCCGGUGUUCGAUACGGGUUCAGGAGACGACCUUAUCACGCCCGUGUACAUCCCGCCCACCAUGACAACCGUGACUAAACCGCCCCCGCGCCACUACAUCCCUGACAUAAACGUGGGCGUGGGAUCGAGGCCUUGUGACGACGAGGAGGACUGUUAUAACGGAGGUUCUGGCUCAGGAGAGUUUAACACUGACGACGGAGUUCUCACCGACGUGGAAAACGGCGACGACGUGGAGCUGGAGAACCCAGCGACGAACCAGCCGCUCCUGCAGCCGGAGAUCAUCCACUCGGAGGAGCGGGAGUCCUCGCGGGCGGGCGGCAAGAAGGACCCCGGCUCAGGGCCCACCACCACCCGCUCCUUCUUCGCCGUCACCGAGAGCACCACGACGAGCACCACGACGCCCACGCCCAGGACGAGGCCCCGCCCGCGCCCGACCACCGCGGCCCCGCCGUUCCCCUCCAUCGGGCCUCAGGUGCCGAUCGACUACGAGGAUAGCGACACUGACUACGGCCAUGGGUACGAUUCGUUCGAGGAGACCCCGGGCAUCUCGGGCGACCCGACGAAGGUGCGGACGCCCAACGCCAAAGACCAGAUCCACAGCGACGCGUCCGGAGGCAUCGCCCUCGUCAUCAGCAUCAUCGCGGGCGCCCUCAUCAUCGUCAUCCUCAUCAUCCUGCUCAUCCUCAAGUUCAAGGGGCGCCGCGACGGGACGUACAAGGUGGACGAGACCAAGAACUACGAGGGCAUCCCCACGGUGCCCACGCCCAUGGUCAACGGCCAGGGCAACGGCAACAUCAAGCCCGGCGACCGCAGGCCCGUCAAGAAACAGAGUAAGGAUGUGAAAGAAUGGUACGUGUGAAACUUAGAAAUUUAUAUCGAAUUAUUAUAUCAUGUAAAAUCACAAAAUUACGACUGUGAUCUCCAUUCUUUUGCAAUACCUCUACAAUAAUAAGGAUAAACAUUCCUUCAUUCCGUGUCUGCUAUUAGUUCAUGACUAAAUGGGUUAGCGAAUCCAAAAUCGAUUCAAAAGACAAACAAAAUAUAUAUAUAUAUAUAUAUA